ACCCCGCAGCAAAAUGGUGGCCUAAGCGGAGCGCGCGGGGCCGGGCCGAGCGGGGGCAAAGUUUGGGGCGGGCCCGAGACAGAACCGAACCGGGUCAGAACCGGCUGUAAAGUCCCCGGGAGUCCGGGAGGAGCGGAGCCUGACUGGUUCCGAGCCAGUCCGGGACCCUGGGGGGUUGAGGGAGCCCAGCCAGGUCAGAACCGAGUCCGGGGCGGGAAGGGGGCCCAACCGGGCCGGCACCGUACCCGGCUUCGAGCGCCCGGGUCCCAGCUGGGUCAGAGCCGGUCUGGGAUAGGGCCCAGCCUGGCCAGGUCAGAGCUCCGCCAGAGCGCCCCAUCCGGGUCAGAUCCGAACCGGGACUCGCGAGAAAGGGAGGAGUUCGGCUCUGCCCCCAGCUUGUCGCCCUCGGGCUAAAGGGGAGGGAAACGGGCAGAACUAGAUGUAAAGUCACAUUGGUGUUGGGGGAGUUGGGCCCAACCCGGUCAGAACAGAACUGGGAGACGUGAGCCCAGGGAGGAAAACUAUCAGAGCCAGACAAUCACCGCUGGGCUGCAGGGGCCAGUACAGGCCAGUACUGAAUUGGGGACAGAAGAGGUGUAUGGGUCAGGAACUGAGUCCUGGAGGGGAAGAGAGUGGAACUGAGCCAGUUUAAACCCAGUUGAGUCUGGAAAUCGAGGAAGACAGAUCCCAGAACUGAACUGGGUCUGCUUGUGGGCCAGAGAGGUCUAAACUAAGUUUGAAUGGAACCAGAUCCUUAUGGAGUGAAACAUGGGGAGCAAUGUGUAUUUUGGGGAGAGACCGUGAUAGCCACAACAAGAGGGCUUUGGAAUUGGAAAUGAAGUGAAGCAAAUUUGAGACAGUUUGUGUUAUCUGUGUUGAAGAAGUCAGAGUAGGGGAGAGGGAACAACACUGUUUCUGUGGCAAAGCAGAAGGUCGGGGAGGAGAGAGGAUCAUUUACCAACUAGAGACCCUCCCUGGCACCAGGCAGCAUCCAAGAGACUUUCUGGAAGAAAGUUAGUGAAUCUGAACAGAUCGCAAGAAAAAGGAAAGUUUAGAGAACAGCAGAGCUGAGCAGAUGAUACUGAACCACAUCUGGAUGUGGUCUAGAGUGUGAGUGGGAGACAACGGAGUAGGAAAGAAGUGAAAGGUUGAGCACUGGCACCGGGAUUUGUAAACGGAAGAGGAAAAAAAAUUUCCAACUGAAAUUGCAUUAAUAGGCAAAAGGGUGAGUGAGUGAGCUGUGAGUUUCUCUGAGCUGGGAAUGGACCAGGUCUGAGAGAGGCCAGCUGGAGUGAGUCCACUGAAAAGACAGCCCCGCAAAAUGAGACUGCUUCUUGCCUGACAGGGCUUCUCAAAGCUGCAGAUCUGUAUUUUGCAGAAUCAGUCCAGAGACAGAACUGAUGAAAAGGGUCUGCAGAGGAGGAGGAAGUGAAUCCCUUGGAUACAAACAGCAGAGAGCAGGUUGUGUUACACUGCGUGAUCAAGUCUUCAAAAUUCCCUCCAUAACCAACAACAAUAGACUGGGCCAUGUCCAAUUAGUGCAACCUGUCCAGGUUUCUGUAUGAAGCGGAGGACUGUAUCUAACCAGUGAAUGACCAAAAUCAGGCUCGUUGGAGUGCCACAGCUCUGGAAUGAAGCUGACUGCCAUUAAGAGCAAGUCUGUUUCUUGGCAUUUGCUUUUGCCUUGGCCAUGCAGUGCUUAGCACCUGGCAGCAUCAGCAUUGGAUUUAAGGCUUCCACGGAAUCGCUCAUCUGCUUUCUGUGAACUAUUCACCAAGGGACUGGAAUGCUCUGAUGUAUCUCCUUCAAGAGGCUUAUGCCAAAACAGAAGUGCCCCUGCCUUGCUGCUGUUGCUGUCUCAGUAUGAGGCCUAACGAUGAUUCUUUAGCUCUGCCUGCAGAGGAGACAUUUUAAAGAUAGCACAGAAGCCAUUCAGAUGCUGCCAGAUGCCACCAGGGGAGAGCUGACUUGGAGGCAGGUGGACCGGGAGAUGUUUGGACGGGACGUCGCUUUGGAUCUGGCAUCUGAGUGAGUGUCCCCCUACAUGAGACUUCAACUCUGAGCGCAGGCUGGUGACCAGUUGUCGCACCCAAGCAGGAGGGAGGAUGACGAGCACAGCUCCAUCCAAGAAGCCUUACCGCAAGGCACCACCGCAGCACCGCGAGAUCCGCCAUGAUCUGCCCAUCCUUCGAGACGACCAAGAUGGCGUGAUUUUGGCUGAGCAGAGUCAGGAGCCCUUGACGGAUGCAGAAAGGAUGAAGCUGCUGCAGCAUGAGAACGAGGAGUUGCGCCGGCGGCUGGCCUAUGUCACUAACAAGAUGGAGGCGAUGGAGAGGGAACUGGAGUCCGGCCAGGACUACCUGGAGCUGGAACUGGGCCAGAACCGCGAAGAGCUGGAGAAAUUCAAGGACAAAUUCCGUAGGUUACAGAACAGCUACACUGCUUCACAGAGAACCAAUCAGGACCUGGAGGAGAAGCUGCAUACCCUGGCCUCUCUCAGCCAAAACUGGAUUUUUGCAAUAAAAAAGGCAGAGAUGGACCGGAAGACCCUGGACUGGGAGAUUGUGGAGCUCACUAACAAGCUGCUAGAUGCCAAAACUACCAUCAAUAAACUUGAGGAGCUCAAUGAGCGAUAUCGGCAGGACUGUAACCUCGCAGUGCAGCUGCUCAAGUGCAACAAGUCCCACUUCAGGAACCACAAGUUUGCUGACCUUCCCUAUGAGCUGCAGGACAUGGUCAAUAAGCACCUGCACAGCACCCAAGAGUCCCCAGGCCCUGGGCAGGAGGCUGCACAUACCCUGGCCCCAUCUGACAUCGUGCCCACCUCAGUGAUUGCCAGAGUCCUGGAGAAGCCCGAGUCACUGGUCCUGAACUCUGCCAAGUCCAGCAGUGGCAGCUGUCCCAUAGCUGAGGAUGUCUUUGUGCACGUGGACAUGAGUGGAGCUCUGCUGGACGCCUGCCCCAGCCCAGGGCUGCCUGGGAAGGAGAGAGGGGAAGGGGGGAAGCAGCAGAAUGGGGGCUGCAAGCCACAGAGCAGUGUAGAGAGCCUGCCAGAGGAGGUGCCUGCCUUCGAGAAGCUGAGCCCCUAUCCCACGCCCUCCCCUCCCCACCCCAUGUACCCAGGGCGUAAGGUGAUUGAGUUCUCUGAGGACAAAGUGAGGAUCCCAAAGAACAGCCCCCUGCCCAACUGCACCUAUGCCACACGGCAGGCCAUCUCCCUAAGCCUGGUGCAGGGCGAGGACGAGAGCAGUGACCGGCACCGGACGCUCCCUAACAGCCCUGUCUCAGAGGGCCGCCACUCAGCCUCCAGCUGCUCCUACCAGCCGUCUCCCAAGGCGGCUCGAGCACACGGCUCCUCGCAGAGCAGCCCUUUCAGCAGCCCACCCCAGAUCCCCAGCGCCUUUGCCAGCUCCGCCAGCUCGGAGGAGGACCUCCUGGCCAACUGGCAGCGGAUGUUUGUGGACAAGGCGCCGCCCACUUCGGAGCAGGUGCUGGUGAGCCGCACCUCCUUCAGCUGUGACAUGGCCCCGGAGCUCCAGAAGCGGUUCAGCCGCUCCAUGCAGGAGCUGGGCAGGGCGGCCUCGGCCUACUCGGAUGGUGAGGAAUCUGCACAGAGCUGCAGCUGGACCGUGAGCCGGGACUCAAGCGUAGACACAGACAGCACUGAGUCCCGAGCCCGCAGGAGCCAUUUCUCCUCCGAUUACGGCAUGGACUUCUCCCAGGAUGAAGCCCGGAAGCUGCUCCAGGGCAGUGGCGGGGGCACCACUGAGCCCAGCAGCCCCCCGCCAGAGAAGCACAAGGACUAUGUGGACCUGGGCUCACCUGGGAGCCCAGCUGAGGAAAGGGAAAUGCUGCUGAAACCAAGCAAGGAGAGCAGCCCGGGGGGAGCCCUGGAGGAGAGCGGGGAAUGCAGGAGCAAGCCUCCCUCAGGACGGCCACACCGCAGCCCUAAGAGGAUGGGUGUCCACCAUCUCCAUCGCAAGGACAGCCUGACACAGGCCCAGGAGCAGGGCAACCUGCUCAACUGAGGCUGGGCAGGGAGCAGCGCCACAGGGCAGCGCCACACAUGCCCCAGGGGGCUUCAGGCUCCACUCCCACCUUAUAUUUAUUCUGGUUUUGAUACCCGGAAGCGCCAGGAUCUUGCUGGCGUUCCGCACCCACCACACCAGAACACAGACUUGGGGCCUUGCUCGCCCUGGCAUGCAUGCCCAUGCCUGUGCUAACCACUCAUCUGGUGCCUGCCCUCACACUCAAUCUUACAGCCCCACCCUGGUGCCCAUGCCCUUACUCACCCUGAGGCCUGUGCCUGCCCUCACAUUCAUGCUCACAACCUUGCCCUGGUGCCCAUGCCCUCAUUUUCACGCUGAUGCCCAUGGCCCUGGGCGCACUUGUGCUGGUGCCAACAAAUAGAAACUCUUUGCUCUGGUCUUGUCUGAUCCCCAUGAGCCCCUGCAGGCUGAGUGGGACAUGAGGACUGCCCUGCGGGGUGGGUGCUCCUUGAUGGCUGGCCCCCUGCUGUGGGUCAGAAGCAUUGAGUUGGGGACUGUUGUUUUGCUAUUUUUUGUUUCCCCCCUGCUGAUCUCUGUGGAAACCAGCCAGCAGUCAUGGUGGCUCUCCCUUAAAGCUUCCUCUGCAGAUCCCUGCUGCUUAGCUCAUGGGCCUGGCCCAACAUGUGGCUCAUGCAGAGGCAAUGCCCUGGGAGAGCCCCAGUUCCCUCUGCCAUGGGGCUGGGCCAUAGCUGCCCCCAGCAGUUGCUCAGCGAGGCUGGCCUGCAGCGUUCCCAUGACAGUGGUUUCUAUGCUGUGGGUUGGAUUGUGUGUUUGUCUCUCCAUCUCUGGGUGCUGUUGCACUGGCCUGGCUUGUGUUUGGCUAGUGCUGAUUCUCCACACCUGGGUCUUCUUCUCAUUUUAAUCCUUUCCAGGCCUCUGCUUUUAAAAUGUUUUGUUUUUCUCUUCCUGCAUAAAUGAGCAAAGCAGCUGACAGCCAAUCCAUUGUCUGCCCAGAGGUUUGGUGUGAGGUCCUGCCCUUGGAGCCACCAGCUCCCGCUUCCCAUCCAGGUCUUUUUACUCCAGCAGAGCCAUAUGGACUCCAGGGCAGGAUUUUACCCCAGGAGAGCAAUAAAUGAAAGACCAUAGCAAGCUGCCUCUGGGCAGGGCCCCAGCAAGGGCUCUGGGGAGAGAGGGAGACCUGUUUGGGAGCAGGGCUUAUCGCUGCCAUAUGCAGACACGGUACCUCAUGGCUCAGCAGUGGCCCUUUGGGAAGGCCCCUGUGCAUGUGCAUCCCUUCCUCUGGCUGGGUCCCGGGCUGGCUCCGGUGCCCUUCCAAGGCCUCCCCACUGGGGGGGCUGGAGUUGUGUGUGUGAUUUUCCUUGUGUUCAGUGUUGGUACGAUUUUCCUUUUCAGUGUUUGUGCUCCACGUCCCAGGGGUGGGGAAGGGGAGAGGUUGGGAGUGUAGAUAUUUUAUUUGUGAGAGAGAGCGCCAGGGUCUAGUUACUAGCUUCCUAACCUGCCCUUGCCUAUCUGGAUUUUUACCUCUCCACCCUGAAGGUGUAACCCAGCACACUGGCAUGGUCCCUGUGCUGCUCCCUUGGGCCUGGGGACCCCCUUCCCUUGGCUGUGGUGGGUUUGAAGCUGGAGCUGUAGCAUCCUCCUUCAGUGAGAGCGAGCUGCUGCUCUGUGCUUCGCUAUGUAUGGAGGGUGCAGCCUCUCUCUGCAGGAAGGAAGCUCCCAUUCAAACACCCAGCAAGAGAUGCUGCCCUGGGGCAAUGUCCCUCCCUAAGCCCCUGCGUUUGUAGCUGGUGGCAGCCAGGGCCAAAGCUUUGCUCUCAGCUCCAGCCUGGAGGCUGCAGGGCCUGUAAAAGGGAGCUGUUCCCUCUCCUUGUAUUUUGGCCCAGCCCGUGGCUGCUUUCUGUGUGGGUAGGUUUGGGCACUCUGGUCACAGCAGCUGCCUGUGCACUUGCCUUGUUCUUGGCCACUCAGCUCAGUGUGGAGCUGGGCUGGGACUCAGUAUUUCAGCAGCUGCCCUAGCAAAUUGGUGCUAAUGGUGGGAGCCUCUCCUCAACCUGCAAGGUACUAAUCCUCUGUGUGGGGGAGGGCCCUGCCCAGCGCAGCCCAGCUCCUCUCUCUCCUGUAGCCUCCUUGCAGUGCUGAGGUCCAAGCUGCUGCUUCCUCCCACCCCAUUUUCAUGCCCCGGCCACAGGGCCUCUCCUGUUGAUUGGGCUCGUAGGCCCAGACUCUACCUGGUCAGCACAGCUUGACUCCAAGCCUCCUGGGCUGCGUGGUGGCCUCACUUGUGUCAUGACCUAGCUUUGAGCUGCAAGUGCAUGCUGGGAGCAAUGGCGGCUGGCUGGGGCUGGCCUGGGCUGUCUAGUCCUUGAGCUGGUUAGUGUAGGUGGGUCCGAUCACCUCCACUUCUCCACGAGAGGUGCUUCCCCUCCUGCCUCAACCCAAAGGUCCCUGGUUGCCCUGCAAUUGGCUGUCCUGAGCAGUUCAGACCAAGAUGAAAACCACCUGAUUGUAGAAGCAGUUGGUGUGCUGGUCCCUGUAAGGCAAAAGCUAAUUUCCCUUUUGCCUUUGAUCACAUCAGGCUAGAAGCAAAGGAAUGCCCAUAGACCCAGUCCAGGCCAUGGUCCUGAGGUGUCAUUUCCUUUGGAGUGUGACCAGGCAGCAGCAGAGCCCACGAGAGAAAUGGUGAGGGGAAUGUUGUGCAGCCAAAAGAGAAGGAGCAACCUGCUCCGAGGCUGCAUCCAUGGGGCAUCAGGCCUUUGCCCUCCUUCUUGUGUCUGGCAGUACUGGCUCUGGGGGGGGGGCACUUUUCAGUGUCCCAAGUCCAGCCUGUUCAUCUGCAACUAACGUGUUUUUUCUGAGAUUUUCAAACUGAUGUAUAUUUUAAAACCAGAAAUAAACUAUUUUAAAAAUAA